AUGACGACUCUUCGCAGCCGCGGUCUUCUGCCCAUUUUCGCCUUGGCAGCUUUUGCGCUCUGCCUAUGGACACGAUCCGAGGAUGAAGCCGACUUCGCUUUGCCACGGGCAGUCGUGAGACCCAAGGCAGCUGCUGCCGAAGAGCCAGCUGUGCUGGCCGGGGCUUACGAGAAGAUGGGUGAGUCGGAGGAACCUCUCACCGCCCUGGCCUCCCGCCACAUCAAGAAAGCCUAUUACAACGACGGCUGGCGUCAUGGUGGCAUCAACAUGUGGAUGGAGGACCAGCUCGGCGGCAAUUGGAUGAACGUGUCCGCGUGUCUUAGUCGCAUGUCGUAG